GUAAAAAAAAUCACACAAUCAUGCGUUUUACUUUCGCAUGAAUUACACUCUGAAUUAUGGUAUUUCAUGUACAUACUGGCUAUGAUCGUUUCCCAACAGGCUAGAAUAAUGUUAUGUUAUGCUAACGUUUCCACAGAACCUGAGCAUGAGCUCAGCUUCAGUGUUCUGCACGUAAAGGGCAGCCAUGCCAACAUGGAGCCUACGGUGGACUUCACGGCGAGCCAUGUUAAAUGGCGCGUGUCCUCGCUUUCUCCUGUGGGUCCCAUCAUUCCGAGCCGUCAGCAUGCGAAGCACCACGGGGCGGUGCUGGUUUACAAGCAUCAGGACCAUCUAGAACAAUUCUGCUUCCAUGUGUUUUUGGCCCCGAACAACAAAUCUGAGAUCAAGGCUAUUGAAGAACAGGUGCUCUCUUCUGGUAAGAAAUUGAUCAAUAUGCACCUAUCGGCCGCCUGUAGGCUGGAAGAGAAGAACUACCAACUCGAAAGCAAGCCAGAAGGGAAAAUUAUGCCUUCGCAAAUAGAAUUCAUCACUGAAGGAACAAUGCUGAAGGGCUUCUUUGUAGCCACCUUCGAUCAGCCUCCCCCUUUCGAAUUGUUUCUCAUGGACCCAGACAUUAACCAGGAAUUAUGGACUGCUAGAAUCACAAAAGGGGACUGGGCGGACAAGGAGGAACCAAAGCCAAGGAAAAUAACGGAAGUGCAGAGCUCAUGCCAAAAAAAGAAGGCCCGUUUGGAAGUGAUGCCGAAUAACAUUCCUUUGUUGCCAGAAACAAACCGAGGUCAGGCUCUGUCCGGUAAGCAGCUCAUGCAGGUGGCCGAAACACUGGGACAGGAGUGGGGGCGGGUGGGCAUCUACUUGGGCCUGAGCACCACAGAUCUGAGCGACAUCAAGGCAGGGGAAGCGGAUGUGACCAUGCAAAAACUGAAUAUGUUGGAGCUGUGGAAGCGCCGAUCACCAGGAGAGGCCACAGCACAGGACCUGCUGAGAGGUCUGGAGGACCUGAAGGACCUACCUGUCGUGACCCGUCAGUUAUUGAGAGACAUGAUAAAUGGUACCCUGACACAACCAGAUCGCGAAGCAAAUGCGUAACAGUGUGGAACGUCUUAGUAAAUAUUCGAUUUCCAAUGGCCAUUAUUAACGGGCCCAAACUGGACACAAUUGGAUAGACCAGCAACCAAUCAGCAACGAAGCGUGUGACCAUCAGCCGCAGCCCUCUCCAUUGUUUCGGAAACUCCUCAACGGCUCCCCUUGAGAGCUCCUAUCAAACCCGCCCCUUUUAGAUAAACGCUUGUGAUUUGCCCAACCCGGGCCAGGCCUGCUGGAAAUGGAUGUUUAGAAUAGGUCUUCUUUCCUGGGCUACUACAUGUGUACUAAGCUGUUCCCCUCAGGUUCCUCCUAUAGACAGGUAUAGAUAGGAAUUUUGUAACAUUUAUAAAACAAGUUAAUAUUAUGCCGAAGAAUAAUACACCUAUCUUGAGAUUUUUAAUAAUGCACAAUAACUUUAUU